AUGCCAGUCCUUCGAAACCCCUACGAGGAUCUAUCGCCUGCGACGCAACAGACCAUCGAACAAAGGCUCAACGCCAUCCAAACACUCUGGAAGGUCCCGCUUGCCGAAGCCAUCGGCGAAGACCUUAGACCCUCAGGCGCAGAUCCGAGAUCAUGGGGUCGCGCGCUCCUAGAAGUCUUGCCGAAGCUAGCUGAGGAGACGCAAGGCGAUGUGCCGCUAGUCAACGAGCUGCUCCGCGCCGAAUACAACGGCCGACUACAAGGGACCGUGAAGCUCGCUCGUAAAACUACUACCCCCGAUCACGGAAUCAACGCUGGUGAUGUGAGACGGGCAACUGCGGCUGCCAAAGAGCGCAAAGCUGCCAACAGCGCCAGCAAGGCCAGAGCUCGUAAGCGCGCCACCGCCUCUAAAGUGCGCGAAGCCGCCAGCGUCCCCAACAAUAUCGGGCUAGAGGAAGAUGAUGGUGACUAUGUGCCACCACCACCACCAGUUCCUCGUCAGCGUCCCAGCCAGAAUGCUCCCACGCCACGCAUCCCUGUAGCGUCCAUGACGCCCAGGAGAACAGCCUCACACGUUGACGAAGACUCACUUGUCUUGGGCCUACAGCGAGAGGCGGCUCGAUUGAAGACUGAAGAAGCGAAAAGGAAGCGGGAGGAGGCUGAAGUCGAGCUUGAGAUAGCUCGCGCAAAGUAA